AUGAUUGGAACUCCUGGCAAAGGAAUAACCGCUUGCGACGAGGGGCCGGGUACGAUUGGCGAUCGAUUCGCCGCCGUCGGAAUUGAAAACACUGAGGAGAACCGCAGGUCAUAUCGGCAGAUCCUCUUUGAAAGCCCAGGUUGCGAACAAUACCUUUCGGCUGCGAUUCUCGACCCAGAGACGAUUUAUCAGAAGAGCACCAACUCUGGCGAUCUUUUCCCCAAGGUGCUGAGUGACAGAGGAAUCGUACCCGGGAUAAAACCCCACCUGAAGGUAUAUGCGCUUCCAGGUCAGGAUGGAGCCACUGUGAUGCAGGGCUUGGACUCCCUCGCCCCUCGCCUCGCAGAGUACAAGGCUGCUGGUUGCGAGUUUGCAAAGUGGAGAUCUCCGCUCGAGAUCGACGUCUCCGCCGGGCAGCCUUCUGAUUUGAUCAUCCAAGCUAACAUGCGAGAUCUCGCUCGAUACGCUCUCAUUUGCCAGGCAGAGGGUCUCGUUCCUAUUGUCGAGCCCGAUAUCUCCUUGAAGGGAGACCAUGACUUGGAAACAGCCGUCAGAGUGAAUGUGAAGGUCCAGUCCGAGCUUUUCAAGGCUAUGCUCGACCACGGCGUGUACAUGGAAGGAGCAGUCCUGAAGAGCAACAUCGUGAAUCCCGGUAAAGCCUGCAAGACGAAAUACACGGUAGAUGAGAUUGCCGUGGCGAACUUGGCUGUGUUCCGACGCUGCUUACCCACCGCAAUCGUCACCGCGAACUUCCUCUCCGGAGGACAGUCUCUCGAGGAUGCCUCCGCACGUUUAAACGCGAUCAACAAGCACAAGACGGCGAAAGAUCCUUGGAACCUUUCCUUCUCUUGGUCUGCGGCGUUGCAAAUGCCGUUAUUUCAGCUCUGUAAAGGCAAAGACGGUCUGCAGCUCGAGGCGAUGAGUGAGCUGUAUUUGAAAGAGCUAGCCAUAGCGAGCGCCGCGGCUCGCGGUGAACACGUCCCAGGAGCGGGCGAGGGCGAUCACGCGAUAGCGUGAGGUGCGAGUACUGCCUUUGAUGAACUACGUGCUUUUAUUAAGAAUCGUCUGCUUUC